AUGCAAGAAAUCCAUUCAGCAGAAACAAUGGUGGGUAUGCUAGGAAAUCUUUUUGGACUUGGCCACAUUCAAUUUAUGCAAUCCCAUUAUUUUGGAAAAGCCCAUGGCACUACGUACGAAAAGCACCCUGACUGGCAAAAAUACACUGUGAACAAGACGAUAAUUGGUUCUCUCGCUGGUGAUCAAUUACCAUCCAGCCUCAAGUCAACUGCCACCCAGAAUCUUGUCACGAUGACUCUUGGGCCACACUUUACGAAUUUACGAAUUCUUUUACGUUUACACCUGGCUCCAAAGCGCGAAGCAAGAUAUUCUGAUCAUGAACAUAAAGUGUCCAAUAACGAAGAAGCUCAGAAGGUGAACAAGCAUUCAGUCUUGGUCAAAACGGUCAAUCACGGCAAUGAACGAAUGAAUUAUUUCUCACAGAUCCUAUCCAAUACUCUAGCAAAGAAAGAAGAUAUAAACGAUACUACCAUAUCCAAUGAAUCCAAAGCAACACGGGUUGAUCUUCUGCACCAGCGAUUUUCAAGCUCGAUUUCUCAGCAAUCUCAGAUGGUUGCCAAUAGUGGAGACGUCCUCCAUGAAAGACCUUUGGAUAUUGGAAAAAUAAUACAGCAUGGAUAUCAAAUGGUGAAAUUUCAAGGUUUGCCGACUCUAAUCGAGAAGCUCAAGCAUCCCCUUCCUUCAUCGAUAUCGUCAUCAACACCUGUACCAUCUUCCUCAUCAGGUACCUACAAUCUAGGAUCGUCAUCCCUCAACGAAGUGACUAUUGCUAAUCAAUACCCUGUACGAUCCUCCAUGGACACGCCACUAAUAUCAAAAACAUGUAUGUGGACGAGAAAAAGGAUCAAGACAAGGUGUUUUUGA